AUCGCAACAUUGUAUAUCCCAAGUAAGUCAUCCAUAAUUCCAUAGGUGGGAUACCUACUUAACAGCAUCUUGCCCAUAAGUUUUUUUUUUGUUUUGCAUUAUUUUAUGCGCAUAUAAUUCGAAGCGGACGGUAUCUUAUACCAGUAAUGCAAAACCCAGUGGAGAGUGUGAUACGUGUUUGUAAUUCGAACUUACUCUCAUAAACAUGCUAACUUUAUUUGAUAAGCAAAUAUUAUAUGCAUUUAGACCGUACCUAGGAAUACGUUUCAGAUCAAAAUCUUCUUGUGAGUAUAAAAACGAAAGUGUGAGAGUAAACUAUGAAAAUGUUAAAAGUUUUGAAGAAAUUCCUGGGCCCAAGAGCUAUCCAAUUGUUGGGACACUGCACAAGUAUUUGCCAUUUGUCGGCGACUACAAUGCAGAAAGCCUGGAUAAAAACGCAUGGUUGAACUGGCGGCGAUAUGGAGAGUUGGCGAGGGAAGUGCCUCUCGUUCGAUUGCUGCAUGUCUUCGACCCUGACGAUAUAGAGGCGGUGUUCAGACAGGACGACAGGUAUCCUGCGCGACGGAGCCAUGUUGCCAUGUACCACUACCGGAUGAGCAAGCCGCAUGUUUACAACACUGGCGGAUUGAUAUCCACUAAUGGACCAGACUGGUGGAGAUUGAGGAGCUCAUUUCAAAAGAAUUUCACAAGUCCUCAGAGCGUCAAAGAACAUGUAGAAGGCACAGACGGCGUUGUAAGAGAGUUUGUGAAAUGGAUUAAGGAUAAAAACUUAUCUGGUGACGAGGAUUUUCUUUCAUACUUAAAUCGCCUUAAUUUAGAAGUAAUGGGUAUAGUCGCAUUCAAUGAGCGUUUUAAUAGUUUUUCUCCAAGUGAAGAGGACUCCGAUUCACGCAGCAGUAAGAUUAUAGAAGCUGCCUUCGGCUCCAAUGCUGGCGUCAUGAAGCUGGAUAAAGGUUUCCUAUGGAAGUAUUUCAGGACUCCGCUAUACAAAAGACUUGCCAAAUCACAAGGGUAUUUGGAGAAGAUAUCAUCAGAAAUUCUACUUAGAAAGAUUAACUUUUUCGAAAAGGAGAAUGAGAUUGUGGACAAAUCUUUAUUGACUUCAUUCCUACAACAGCCUAACACGGACUUGAAAGAUAUCACAGGAAUGAUGGUCGAUAUUCUGAUGGCUGCUAUAGACACCACAGCAUAUUCGACGGCUUUUGCGCUAUAUCACCUGAGUCGCAAUCCAAAAUGCCAAGAAAAACUUUUCGAAGAAGCUGUAAAGGUCUUUCCUACAAAGGAUACUCCAUUAACUGCUGAUGUCUUGUCGAAAGCAUCUUAUGUUCGGAGCUGUGUCAAAGAAAGUCUUAGACUCAAUCCAGUUUCAAUAGGAGUUGGGCGACUUCUACAGAAGGAUAUUGUGUUGAAGGGAUAUUUGAUACCUAAGGACACGGUGAUAGUAACACAAAAUAUGAUAGCAUCUCGUUUGCCGCAAUAUGUACGAGAUCCAUUACAAUUCAAACCAGAGCGUUGGUUACGGGGCUCUCCAGAUUACGAAAAUAUACAUCCAUUCCUCAGUCUGCCGUUUGGCUUCGGACCACGGUCUUGUAUAGCCAGAAGAUUGGCCGAACAAAACAUUUCUAUUACUUUGCUUCGAGUAUUCCGCGAAUUUGAUGUAAAAUGGUUGGGAGACGAGCUUGGUAUUAGAACUCUCUUAAUUAAUAAGCCUGACAAACCUCUGACUUUGUCUUUUACACCUAAAGUUAUUUGAAUUAAACAUUUAAUCAUAUUAUUAAUUUAUGACGACUGAGUGAAAAAAUAAAACUGGUUAAGGGUA